UCUAGCAUCGCUGAAUGGAAAGCCAAGGCCUGGCGCUGGUGGAUGUAGAGCGCGGCGAUGGCAACGGUACCGAUUUCAAGGAGCCGCUGCUGCCGCGCAAGAAACCUCACUUCCCAGUCUUCGCUACGGGCAGUGAGAGUUUCUCCUUCACCGGGAUCAUCAAAUCGGAUGUGUCGAGCCUCGAGAGCUUGGAUUACGAGAUCGUGGAGAAUGAUGUGUUCAAGCAGGAUUGGAGAGCUCGCACGAACUACGAAGUGCUCCAGUACGUUAUUAUGAAAUGGACGUUUGCGUGCCUCAUUGGAGUACUCACUGGCCUCGUGGCAUUGCUGAUCAACUUGGCGGUGGAGAACAUCGCUGGAGCUAAGCUCCUUAUCACACUCAAGCUCCUUCAAUCGAAUAGAUAUGUGCUUGCAGGACUGCUGCUUACUGGGAUCAAUCUAGUUCUUGUGUUAUUUUCCUCGGUUCUGUGCGUCUACUUUGGUCCUGCUGCUGCCGGUUCCGGGAUUCCUGAAGUAAAGGCUUAUCUCAAUGGUAUCGACGCUCCAGAGAUCUUGGCACCCAACACCUUGGUGGUGAAAAUCCUGGGUAGCAUAGGGGCCGUGUCCGCUGGAUUAUGUGUUGGAAAAGAAGGGCCUCUAGUGCAUAUCGGUGCUUGUAUAGCUUCUUUGCUGGGACAAGGUGGAUCAAAGCGAUACCACCUCAGAUGGAAAUGGCUGCAAGUUUUUAAAAAGGAUAAAGACCGUCGUGACUUGGUGACUUGUGGUGCUGCAGCUGGAGUUGCAGGAGCAUUCAAGGCUCCUGUUGGUGGAGUACUGUUUGCCCUUGAAGAGGCAUCGUCAUGGUACCUGAUUUCUUUUUCCUUUUUCCUCCUGCGUAUUCACUCGCGUUUUCUUCACAGGUGGCGCAGCUCUCUCUUGUGGAGAACAUUCUUCACCUCGGCUGUGGUUGCCGUAGUACUCAGGAUCGGCAGCAUGCUGUGCAAGGAAGGAAAGUGUGGGCUCUUUGGAGCUGGUGGCCUGAUUCUCUUUGACGUUAGCGAUGUGGUCGUUGGUUUCUCACUUCUGGACUUUCUUCCGGUGGUGGUCUUGGGUGUAAGCGGCGGUAUCAUCGGCAGUAUCUUCAACAAGCUGAGUUCCAGGACUUGUGUGUUCUAUUCGCAUUAUCUGCACAAGAAAGGUUCGCUCGCUAAGGUGAUGCUGGCAUGCUUUGUCGCCCUCGUCACCUCGAUUUUCUGCUUGUGCCUCCCUGCGCUGGGGCAUUGCAGACCGUGCCCGCAUGAGGCUCUUAUGGCAAACGAGUGUCCCAGCUACGGGCGAACAGGAAACUUCAAGAAGUUCAACUGCGAAGCUGGCCAUUACAACGACCUGGCGAGCUUGUUAUUCACAACAAACGACGACGCCAUUCGGAACCUGUUCAGCACCAACACUCCGCAAGAGUACCAUUACGCGUCGGUGCUCAUUUUCCUCGUCGAGACGUUCCUGCUUACGCUGAUGACUUACGGGAUCGCGGUGCCGUCGGGUUUAUUCAUUCCAGUCAUCCUCAACGGGGCUUCCUUUGGCCGACUGGUGGGCAUACUCAUGUCCGCGUCACACAACUUGAAGCUGGACGAAGGCCUGUACGCGGUGCUCGGUGCGGCGGCUUUCCUCGGUGGCUCGAUGAGGAUGACCGUGUCACUCUGCGUCAUCCUUUUGGAGCUGACCAACAACUUAUCGAUGCUGCCGCUCGUCAUGCUCGUCCUCCUCAUCUCCAAGACAGUGGGAGAUAUAUUCAACAAGGGACUCUACGACAUCCACGUCCGUCUCAAGGGGUUUCCUCUGCUCGAAUCGCACUCGGAGCCAUUCAUGCACCAGCUGACGGCCGCGGACGCGCUGAAGAACCCGCUGGUGAAGAUGGCCCGGGUGGAGAAGGUCGGGGUCAUCAUGGACAUUCUCAGGAACACGAGGCACAACGCUUUCCCGGUCAUCGAUUUCUCCUCGCCACCUGGGAAGCCUGUCUUCUGCGGACUGGUGCUGCGCUCCCAUCUCCUGGUGCUGCUCAAGCACAAGGCCUUUCAGCCCAGGAGGGAUUCUUCGCUGGACAUCCUCAAGCUCUUCUCCGGCUUCGAUUUCGCAAAGCCCGGCUCCGGGAAAGGCAUGGUCAUUGACAACAUAGAAGUGAGCAGCGAGGAAGACGGCAUGUACAUCGACAUGUAUCCCAUUACGAACGCGUCACCGUAUACUGUAUUGGAGACGAUGUCAUUGGCGAAAGCGUACACAUUGUUCCGCCAACUUGGCCUACGGCAUCUUUGCGUCAUGCCCAAGACCCCACAGGACGAGCCGAUCUUAGGAAUUUUAACGCGCCACGAUUUUGUGCCGGAAAACCUGUUGACGCUGUAUCCGUACCUCAAGCACAAGGCUACCAAGGUUCCCAGGCUUUCCAGCUUCCUGGCUUGAUUCAUUAUCUACUGUGAUUUGUUAUUAUCCUUCAUUGCAGUGCGAUGUUCUUCAUGUGUACAGAGGUCGAAACAUAAUGGUAUCAGCGGGAUUUUUCUUCCAGUUUUUUAGAACUUUUUAAACUAUAAAUCUAUUGGCUUCAAAACAUGUAAUAAUAAUGAAAGAUAUGGUCACACCCAUGUCCAUUGAUUAUGAGACAAAA